UUCUGUUCAGCCCCAUUAGCGACCAGGGAAUGAAUGGAGUUACACGUACUUUUUUUUGGACACGAGGACUGAGCUGUCUGCGAUCUGAAAAGGCUGGAUAAUUAUUCACAUUUAUUUUUUAAUAUACUUUAUAAAUAUUAUAUAUUUUUGCGACAAUGUCUUUUAUCUAGCACCCCGGGAUUUAUCCGCCUUUCACGGACGCUGCUGGUUUUGAAAUGGAAACGAGAGAACAGCUGGGUCUUGUCGAGACAUUUGUGGAUUAACCUUUAUUUCCCCUUUCUUUCUUUCUGCUCAAAGCGCCAAAAUGCGCCUCUUUUUAAACCAAUCAACCACAUGAGUGGAGUCUAAAGCAACCCGUCACAUUCACACCCCUCCCUCCCCAUUUUCCUUCCAUAUACUGUACUGCAAUCAACGUGCUAGUAAAAUAUGGAAAGUGAGGUUUUUAGCCCCCUGCUGGAGCAUUUCAUGCUGUCACCCCUUGUCUGCUGGGUGAAGACACUGGGGCAGCCCACAGUGACAGAUGGCAGCAAACUGUCCGAAUAUGUUCAAUUGGUGGAUGGAGUUUACCUCAAUGAGGUCAUGCUGGAGAUAAAUCCCAAGGCCACGGUGCAGAGGACAAACAAGAAGGUGAACAACGAUCCCGUGCUGCGAAUCCAAAACCUUUCCAUUCUCAUCAGGCAGAUCAAAGCCUACUAUCAGGAGACGCUCCAGCAGCUGGUGAUGAUGCCUCUACCCGAUGUGUUGGUCCUGGGCCGCAGCCCUCUCACCGUGCGAGGUCUGGAGGAGAUGAAGAAACUGCUGCUCCUGCUUCUGGGCUGUGCUGUUCAGUGUGAGAAAAAGGAAGAUUACAUCGAACGCAUCCAGACUCUUGAUUUCAACACCAAAGCUGCCAUCGCUUCCCACAUCCAAGAGGUAACGCACAACCCGGAGAACGUGGUGGACCUGCAGUGGCUGGAAAGUGGGGAGCUGCCCGCCGAGGACCUGGCAAGCCUAUCCAGGAAUCUGGCCUUUCAUCUCAAACACGUGGUGAAUGACAGGGACACGCAGCUGGAGACUAUCGUGGAGCUGACCCAAGAGAGGGACUGUAUUCAGCUGUCUCCGCUGGGUACCGGUCCGGCCCAGUCGCCCAACGGCUCCCCCAGCAUGAGGAGGACAGAGAGCCGACAGCACCUCUCGGUGGAGUUGGCUGAUGCCAAGGCUAAGAUUAGACGUCUGCGGCAAGAAUUGGAAGAGAAGAGCGAGCAGCUUCUUGACACACGGCAGGAGCUGGAGAACAUGGAAGUGGAGCUCAAGAGGAUCCAACAGGAGAGCUACCAGCUUCUAUCAGACGCUCGCUCAGCCCGGGCGUACCGCGACGAGCUGGACGCCCUCCGAGAGAAAGCCAUCCGCGUGGACAAGCUGGAGAGCGAGCUGUGCCGCUACAAGGAGAGACUCCAUGAUAUUGAAUUCUACAAGGCCAGAGUGGAGGAGUUGAAGGAGGACAAUCAGGUCCUGCUGGAGACCAAAACCAUGCUGGAGGAGCAGUUGGAUGCCAGCAGGAGCCGAUCUGACAAACUGCACCUCCUGGAGAAGGAAAAUCUGCAGCUAAAAUCCAAAAUCCACGAUCUGGAGAUGGAGCGAGAUUUAGAUCGCAAGCGAAUGGAUGAGCUGAUGGAGGAAAACCUGGUGCUGGAAAUGGCCCAGAAACAGAGCAUGGAUGAGUCCUUACACCUGGGCUGGGAACUAGAACAACUGUCCAAAACACCAGAGCUGACUGAGGCACCUCAGAAGUCCCUCGGCGAAGAGGUGAACGAGCUGACAUCCAGUCGGCUGCUAAAAUUGGAGAAGGACAACCAGACGCUGCAGAAGACUGUGGAGGAGCUCCGUGGAGGCCUUGGUUUGGACUCGGUGGCCAAACUGGGCAAAGUCAGCCAGGAGAACCAGAGGCUGAACCAGAAAGUGGAGCAUCUGGAAAGUGAACUCACGGCCGAGAAAGAGUCACUCCGCAGCGCCGAGUCGCUUAGCACGGAUCUGAUGAAGGAGAAAGCCUUACUGGAGAAGACGCUGGAAACGCUGCGGGAAAAUUCCGAGAGACAGCUAAAGGGUCUGGAGCAGGAGAACAAGCAUCUAAGCCAGACGGUGUCAUCCCUGCGUCAACGCAGCCAGGUGGGCGCCGAGGCUCGCGUCAAGGACGUCGAGAAGGAGAACCGCAUCCUCCACGAGUCCAUCUGCGAGACAACGGGCAAGCUCAACAAGCUGGAGUUUGAGCGGAAACAGCUGAGAAAAGAACUGGAGUCCUUGAAAGAGAAAGGCGAGAGAGCGGAGGAGUUAGAGAUUCUGAUACAGAAGUUGGAGCGGGACAAUGAAAGUCUGCAGAAGAGAGUGGCCAGUUUGGGAAUCACCUGCGAGAAGGUAUCGGCGUUGGAGAAGGAGAACACUGACCUGGAGGCGGAGAGCCGGCGCCUCAAGAAGAAGCUGGACAGUCUGAAGAACAUGGCCUUCCAGCUGGAGGCGUUGGAGAAGGAGAACUCGCAGCUGGAGCAGGAGAACCUGGAGGUGCGACGCUCGGCCGAGAGCUUCCGCUCAGCCGGGGUCAAGGCCGUGCAGCUCGAGGCCGAGAACAGGGAGCUGGAGAGCGAGAGGAGCCAGCUUAAGCGCAGCCUGGAGCUCCUCAAAGCCACCUCCAAGAAAACUGAGAGAUUAGAGGUGAGCUACCAGGGCCUGGACACCGAAAACCAGCGCUUGCAGAAAGCGCUGGAGAACAGCAGCAAGAAGAUCCAGCAGCUGGAGGCCGAGCUUCAGGAGGUGGAAUCCGAGAACCAAACCCUCCAACGCAACCUGGAGGAGCUCAAGAUCUCCAGUAAGCGUCUGGAGCAACUGGAGCAGGAGAACAAGACGCUAGAGCAGGAGAGCUCCCAACUGGAAAAGGAUAAGAAGCUCCUGGAAAAGGAGAAUAAGCGGCUGAGGCAGCAGGCUGAAAUUCGCGACUCCAAGCUGGACGACAGCAACCAGCGAAUCGCCAUCUUGGAGAAAGAGAACCGUACCAUGGGCAAGGAGAUGAUCUUUUUCCGGGACUCGUGCACACGGGUCAAAGACCUGGAGAGAGAGAACAAGGACCUGGUCAAACAAGGCACCAUUGAUAAGAGGACCCUCAUCACGCUGAGAGAGGAAUUGGUAAGCGAGAAGCUGCGCACUCAGCAGAUCAACAACGACCUGGAAAAACUAACGCAUGAGCUGGAAAAGAUUGGACUCAACAAGGAGAGGCUGCUGCUCGACGAGGACUCCGACGACAGGUUUAAGCUCCUAGAAAGCAAACUGGAGUCGACUCUCAAGUCCUCAUUGGAGAUCAAGGAGGAGAAGAUCGCUGCCCUUGAGGCCAGACUGCAGGAGUCGUCCACUUUGAACCAGCAGCUUCGCCAGGAACUCAAGACCGUGAAAAAGAACUAUGAGGCUCUGCGUCAAAGGGAGGAGGAGGAGAGGAUGGUGCAGAGCUCGCCCCCUAGAGGUUUGGAGGACCCCAAGGCGGUCAGCAAAUGGGAAAAGGAGAGCCACGAGGCCACCAGGGAACUGCUCAAGGUCAAGGACAGACUCAUCGAGGUGGAGCGGAAUAAUGCCACGCUGCAGGCGGAGAAGGCGGCGCUGAGGAGCCAGCUCAAACAACUGGAGACGCAGAGUUCCAACCUGCAGGCUCAGAUCGUGGCCGUGCAGAGACAGACCGCCUCUCUGCAGGAGAACAACACGACGCUGCAGACUCAGAACGCCAAGCUGCAGGUGGAAAACUCCACGCUGAGCUCGCAGGGCGCCACCCUGAUGGCACAACAUGCUCAGCUGCAGGGCCAGCAGAGCAGCGUGGAAAGCGAGCGCGAAGGAGCGCUGCGGGAGAAAGAAGAGCUCAGGUCCACGUACGAGCUGCUCCUGCGCGACCACGAGAAGUUGGCGGCGCUCCACGACAAGCAGGCGUCCGAGUUCGAGGCGCUCAUCGGCAAGCACGGCGGCCUGAAGAGCUCCCACAAGAGUCUGGAGCAGCAGCAUCGCGACCUGGAGGACAAGUAUAAGCAGCUCCUGCAGAGGAAAGGAGAUCUGGAGGAGCUGGAGAAGAACCUCAAGGAACAACAAGACAAAAUGGCCGCAGAGAAUCAGGGCCACCGAGCUACGGCCGACCAGUGCAAGUUGCUCAAAGAGGAAAACGACAGAUUAAACACCACAUACCGCCAACUGCAGAAGGACAACGAGAACCUCCAGCUGGACCACAGGAACAUCAAGAGUCAGCUGAACGGCGCCAAGCUGGAGCAGACCAGGCUGGAGGCAGAGUUCUCCAAGCUGAAGGAGCAGUACCAACAGCUGGACAUCACCUCCACCAAACUCACCAAUCAGUGCGAGCUGUUGAGUCAGCUGAAGGGCAACCUGGAGGAGGAGAACCGACACCUGCUGGACCAGAUCCAGACGCUGAUGCUGCAGAACCGCACGCUACUGGAGCAGACCAUGGAGAGCAAAGACCUGUUCCAUGUCGAGCAGAGACAAUACAUUGACAAGUUGAAUGAACUGAGGAGACAGAAGGAGAAGCUGGAGGAGAAGAUCAUGGACCAGUACAAGUUCUAUGAUCCUUCACCUCCACGCAGGCGCGGCAACUGGAUUACGCUUAAAAUGAAGAAGUUCAAAAGCAAAAGCCGCGAGCGAAUGCGCUCCCUCACGCUGACGCCGUCCCGCUCAGAGUGCGGCGACGGCUUCCUGUCCUUCCCCGUCGACAGCCAGGACAGCUCUUCGGUUGGCUCCGGGUCCAACUCGCUGGAUGACACGCUCGCGCACAAGAGGAGCAGCAGGAGGAGAGGCCAACGGUGCCUUGUUCAAGGGCAGGGCUCCAGCAAUGCUUUAAAAAGGUUGCCUUUCAUGAGGAACAGAUCCAAGGACAAAGACAAGGUCAAGGCCAUCUACCGGCGCUCCAUGUCCAUGAACGACCUUCUCCAGACCAUGACGGUGGCCGGCGUUCCGGGCGCCGACUGGGCGGGCAGCACGGAGAACCUGGAUGGCGGCGAGGCGGGAGACGUGGGCGGUGUGCGCCGCGAAGGGGGCGGCGGCCAGCGCAUGAAGGAGCUGGCCUUCUCCACCAACGCCAUCGACUGCGCCACCCUCACGCUGCCCUCCUGCGCCCACAGGAGGGCCGCCCACAGGCUACACAUCAAAGACGAUGCUUCCUGCGAGGAUGUCGCCGGCUCCUCGGAUGAUCCAAAGAGUCAAGCCUCCAGACCCUCCAGUCUCCAUAGCAACAGGACCACCAGUAGUAAUAGUAACAAUAACUCCCAGCUCACCUCUCCCCUGGAGGCAAAAGGCACGUUCAACGGCAGCACAAGUCGUCCUCACAGCGAGAGCAGCGGCGAGUUCAGCUUGAGUUUGGAGCAGGAGGCCUGGUCCAGCAGCGGCAGCAGUCCCGUCCAGCAGGCUUCGUCGUCCCGCUCGUCCCGCCAGAGCCCCGCACCCACGCGGCACUCCCUGGAACCCGCCGCCACGCCAGGUCAGAUCAGGAAAACCGCCUCUCCGGGCAGCGAGGUGCUUUCUCUGCAGCAGUUCCUGGAUGAGGGAAUCGACCCUGCCGAGUCGGGCAGUCAGGAAAACCUCACCGUGGAAUCCCCCCGCCUGCCCAUUUCUUCUGAGCGCGCGCAGAAGGAGCGGCCCGCCACCCGGGGCCGCGGCAUCCUGCGCUCCUCCAGCGGCAAAGCGGCGCCGGUCACCGCCGACCGCCUGCCUCGCUCCUCGGGCCAGCCGGGGCGACCCAGCCUGCGCAAGGCCGAGAGCACUCGCGUGAGGGGCUCGGUCCGGCCCACCUUGUCGGCCCAGGCUCGGGCCACGUCGGUGUCGGAGCGGCUGGAUCGGGCGUCGGCAUCCGCGUUACCCCGCGCCAGUAGCGUCAUCUCCACGGCCGAGGGCACCUCGCGGCGCACCAGUAUCCACGACAUGCUGUCCAAGGACAACCGGCAGCCCGUGUCCGUCGACGGGGUCCAAGCCCUGCCCGAACCCAGUGAGUACCCCUCAAAGGGACCCUCCUGUAGCGCCAACUUGCCAAAGUCCCUCAGCUUGCCGUGCCCGAGCUCGGACGAAGCCGAGCUCCCCACCCUCGAGUCCUUCCUGGGUCCCUCCUUCACCGCCGAGUCGGUCUUCAUGGACUCCAUCUUUAGCGAGUCGGCGGGCAAAAACCUCCCCUUCCUCUCCCUCAACCCCACCCUCGUCAGCAACAUCAGCGGACCCGCUGUCGCGCCUUACCAGCCGAGCCGAGAGGAAGGUCCGCCGCAGUCGGGGGCCGAGCAUUUGGACGCGGAGGAGAACCUGUGGUUCGAGUAUGGGUGUGUGUGACGGAGGGAGAGGUUCUGGCCCGCCGAUAUUUGUUUUGGUGUGUGUGGGUGGGGGGAUGCAUGUUUUCUUCUUAUGGUGCUCCCACGGUGGCUUUUUUAGGGUCAUUUUUUUUCCUUUUUUUUGGUAUCUACAUGUUGUUUUUUUUGAUACACCGUCCAUCUCUGAUUUCACCUGAAAUCACUUGACUAUGAACUGGCCCCUCCUAGUUCAUAGCCUGCACCCCACCAGUCAAUAAGACACUCCGAUUGUGGUAUGCUAAAAAUGAAUUCCAAAAGCAAAUGAAUGUUGCAUUGAUAUUCAUAAUACAGUGGUACCUUGACUUACAAGUCGCCCAUUUUAGAAAUGUUCCAAAUUGUGUUUUCUUGGUCAAGUGACAUGGAAAAAAAAAAUGGAGACAUGAAGGCACAGCCGCACAUAAACGGUAACAACACCCACUAGGCCACACCCCUUGAAGGCAUACACAUAACACCACUUCUACAGUACGGACAGUAAUACAUUUUUGAAAGCUGUUUAUUUUUUUUAGAAUUUUAUACAAAACACUAAGUCAAGGAACCGCUGUAUUGACACUCCACCUGCUGUUUUUGUCUGCAUGUUUCACUUUGAUUGCUGGAUCAAAAUGCCGUUUUUUUUUUAAUUUUGGGACACUAGCCUUUCCUGUAUUGUAUGUUCCUUUGUGUUUUAAGAUUUCCCCUGGAAAGCAGGCUUAUUCGGUCUGACUCGCUUCAAGUUGUCCAAUGGACAAAAUAAAUUAUGAUGGUGGGGGAAGUUAGUCGUUAAGUAGGUCUAAUACGCUAUUGAUUCGAGUUAUUAAUCCUUUCCUUGCGGCCCCAAAAAUGGCCCUGAGUCAGUGUGACCUGCGAUGUGCAUAGUCAUCACGAAUCAAAUCGAUAAAUGCAAAUAAUAGAACGCGUACAACACAGUUUAAAUCCAUACGUUUUAAUCUGUGAAAUUUUAAUCGGUCCGGAUCAUAUCACGGGGAGGUUACCAAUGAAAGUGAGUGCAGGGACGAUGCCACAUGAUUUCCCCUGGGAAGCGGGCUGCUUUUUUCGGAUGGAUAUAUGCAGGGGUUGCGCAACCAUUCCUAUAAAAAUAAAAGAUGAUGAAAUGAAUGGUUUUGUGAUGAGCAUUUGGGGAGGGCUUCGUUUGCCCCCCCCCCCCUUGCACUAUGAAGAGAUGGACGGUUUCAUGCGUGGCUUGAGCGAAAGUAACAAUGAACGAAAAGCUAGGAGUCGUUAACCCUCCUGUUACAUUUUGUCUUUUUGUAGGCACGGGUCAAUGUGACCUGCCAUAUCCGUGUUCAUCAAAAAAUAUUUUUUAAAAAAAGUAUUUUGUGAAGUUUUCUGCCACCACUUGGCGCUCAUAUCUGACAUUGUACUGUUUAAGAAAAACAACAAAAAAUGAGUCUAGCCGAAUAGUUUGCACUCCCCCAAAAAAAUCAUUUGACAUUUUAAAACUGGUUGAUUGAACACGCGUUAAACUUGUAAGGGGGGCGGGGGGUUAUUCAAUAAAAGCAGUGCCAAGCUGGCGCUCUUGUACAUAUUAAGUUAUGAACGUAUACGAGCAGACUUUGUUGUGCGACUUGCACAUGCUUAUUUAUUCCCUCUUGUACUCACUCGCUUGUUUUGUUUCGGAUUUUAACGUGUGCGUGCGUGUGUGUGUAACGACGUUGCUUUGUUCCACAGAUGUGGAGGACAGAAAGUCAAAAAGCAGAAGUGGCGAGUGCUAAGCGCCACACGUGGUGAGUGAGCGCGUGCGGGAUGGGAUGGGAUGGGAAGGGACGGUUGGGGUGCUUGUCGCCAUGGGAACCUCCCACGUGUUGUAACCGUCAUCCAUGCAAUCCACCCCCCCCUGCCCCGCCGAAAUGAUCAGACGCAGAUUGUUGUUGUUUUGCCCAUCGCUGCCCUGCCUCCUCCUUGUUGCCAUGACAACGCAUGUAGUUCCCGGCUGGCUCCUGCUUCUUUCCUUUUCCGCUCUUAUCAUCAAUUACUCUCCUUUUCCACUUCCUGUGUGUCUCUCCAGGACAGGGUUUACCAAAACGUCUUGAGUCUUUUACAUUCACUUACGGGUCCAAUUGGAACAAUUAGAAGAAAUGAACGUUUUUUUUUUUUUGAUAACCUCAAAUAAAGAAUUGGCACAUUUAUGAUCAACUGAACUUUUUUAAAAAAAAUAAAAUAAAAACUUACCAUAUUUUAUGGAAAUAAAAUUUGAUUGAAUUAAUGACAUUUUUGGAUCACUAAAUGGGUCAAAUUGACCCAGGAAACAGACCUGAGUCAAAUUUACCAGAGGGGAAAAAAACCACCCGGUUUAUUUUCACCUAGGAAAUGUGCUUGGGUCAAAUUGACCCAAGAAACCUACCGGAUUCAAAUGGACCAUUAUUGCUGGUCAUGAGAAACACGCAACAGAAGUGUUUAAAAAAAUUGUUGAAAAAUAUGCCAAAUUAUUAAUUUAACUUUUUCUUCCAACGGAUUUGUUUUGUUUAGCCUUUUUCUGGAGUGUCCUAUUCUCCAUAUUUCCUCCCACGUUGUUUCUAAUCUGCUCUCUUCAUCUUCCCCCUCUUCCUUCUUGUUCUCUUUCUUGGCUUGCCGGGGACUCACAAGGUGGUCUUGGAGGUCCGAAGCCUGGUAGACAGACGGCGUGUAUGCCGCGAGGAAAACGAUUGUAAACUCCCACCAUUUUGUUUAGUUGCUUCCCAACCCUUCGGUCGAGAAAAUGGCUUCCUUCCGUUUUGUUUUUCUUCCUUGAAUCAAGGAAACGGACAAAGAUGUAUCCAUUUUUUCAUUGUUUUCUACCCCUUUGUUUUCCUAUUUUUUCCUCCCGCCCAUGUGCCCUCUGCUGUGAUGUGCACUACUCUUUGUAAAGACAACAAUUCAAGUGCCAAAUCACAGCCCCCUCCACAAUCUUCCCUCUACUCCCCACCCCACAGAAAAAAACUGGACGAUUCCUUUUGGAUCUUCUGUGAACUUUAAUCAAGGAUGACAGCAUGUACACGCGUGUUGCAUACAUUCAGCAUUGUGGACCUCCAAAACGGGCACGACGGCGCAAACAGCGGACCGAAUGGAACGCUUCCUGUACUGUUGGGAUUUUGGGAGACAAGCCAUGAGUAUGUGAUAUGAAAAGUUUGCACACCCCCUGUUCAAAAGACAGUUUUUUGUGAUACAUAUAUAUAUAAAGACACCAAGAUAAAUCAUUUCUAAAUGUUUUCCCCAUUAAUGCAACCUGCAACUGAAAAAAAUGUGGUUGCCCAAGUGUGCACACCCUCUUAUCACUGGGAUGCAGCUGUGUUCCAAAUUAACAUUCAAACUCGUGUUAACUGGGAGUCAGCACACACAAGCCACCAUUUAAAGUGCCUCUGAUGAACCCCAAAUAAACUUUGGAUGUUCUAGCCGGCUCUUUCCGACAUUUUGUAGUCUGUUCCGACAGCACAAGCGAUCCAUUUUUCCAAUGAUUUAUCUUGUAUAUCAAAAUAAACGUGUCUUUGAACAGUGGUGUGUAAAAUAUUCUAUGGACUGUGUGAGGGACGCUUCGACAAUAAUGUAACAUCUUAGCAAUCACUUAAUUAAUUCCAUGUGGGUUUUUUUUGGUCAUCUUGCACUCUGGAAGACCUUACCAAAAGCACACACACACAUACAGUACAUGCGCGCACAUUCUGUGUACAAGGUGGAUUCUUGUUGCCACGGUAAUGAGUUGUCCCUCGGUUUCCUUUUUUACACAAACCCAUUUGAUGUAAUUAAAAUUCACAAAUUAA